GGAAUGGCCGUGACCCUGCUGGGAUCAGAUAUGGACUGGGCGUACCCCACUAUUCCCAACAACAUCUCGUGCCUGUCGUCGAUGGACCAGCAAUGUCGCCUUAGCUACGGCAAGUGCCUCGGAGGCUCCACGAGUAUCAACUAUAUGAUGUAUACCCGUGGCAACCCACGCGAUUACGAUGACCUAGGCAUCAAAGGCUGGUCCUGGAAUGAUAUGAUGCCUUAUUUCUUGCGCUACGAAGGCUUGGAAGACUUGUACAGACUUCCAACUACUUCUAUCCCCCACCACAACUCCGCUGGUAUUAUGAAGUUAGGUUUUUUCACAGAAUCUGGAAACCCCUGGCAUUCAAGUAUAAUACAAGGUCUUACAGCUUUAAAUUUUCCGUCUAACUCCGAUAUGAAUGCCGACUCGCAAAUAGGAGUGUCGCAAGUGAUUGGGUACGUGCACGAAGGCGAGCGCAUGAGCACGGCACGCGGAUACCUGGCACGCAACGAUGUCAAGAGAGUACUGAAGAUCGCGAAGGACACGCAGUGUACCGGUGUCAUCUUCGACGACAACAAUAAUGCGAUAGGAAUCAAGGUUGUGACAAAAGAUGGGAAGGUAAAUAAGACAUUGCGACUCUACGCGAGGAAGGAAGUCAUUCUGUCAGCGAGGACGAUUGGAACAGCACAGAUUCUGAUGCUUUCCGGCGUAGGACCGGCGGCUCAUUUAAAUAGUUUAGGCAUUCCGGUGCGCGCCGAUCUACCCGUAGGCGAUAACAUCAGCGAUCACGUGCUGCCGCUAAUAUACAUACCGGUACAUCCAGGCUUCGCCGCUCGGAGCGGGGAUCUAUUAAAUCCCGUGAGGGAUCUAGUAGAGUGGUUUAUCUCGCGCGGGGGACCGGCGGCCUCCAAUGGCGUUACCGACGUCACUGCGAUGUUCAAUUCUCACUGCUACGAUUUCGAUAAGCGUAAUAAACUCAUUCGCAAUAGCUCAGAUUGCGAACUUCCAAACCUGCAACUGAUAAAUGCAUUCAUGGAACACCGGCAGAUACAGGGUUUGGAAGGUCAAGUUCAGAAAUCAUCAGGCUUAAGCAUGGACAUAAUACAACAGCUUCAAGUCGCAAACCAACACCAGGCUAUAAUAGUGACUUCGCCCGUCGUGCUCCGGCCGUACUCGCGCGGCACCAUACGGCUGGCCAGUGCCGAUCCUUUAAAGCACCCAGCUAUUUUUCCAAACUACUUGUCGGACGAGCGGGAUGUCGAGAAGAUGCUGCGCAGCAUUAAGAUCUUGGAGCACCUGGUUGAAACGCCGGAGUACAAAGCAUACAAUGCGUCUAUCCUGCGCUUGAGUCUGCCGGGCUGUCCGGAUUACUCGUGUGACCGUGAAGGGUACUGGACUUGUUAUAUCCGUCACAUGACGUACUCGUCGUUCCACGCGGUGGGCAGCGCGCGACUGGGGGCCGUGCUGGAUGAGAAGCUGCGCGUGCGCGGCGUGGCGCGCCUACGCGUGGCCGACCUCAGCGCGCUGCCGGGGCUGCCGCGCGGCAACACUGCUGCUGCCGCCAUUGCCAUCGGGGAGCGCGUUGCUGACUUAAUCUUGCAAGAUGCUGCUUAA